AUGAACAGCCUAAGAGAUGCACCAUCAUUACCUUCGGCCAAUUAUUCUCCUAAAACGGAAAUAACCUUCCAUCCAAACAACGCUCAAAUAGCAAGGAAAUGUAAAUAUGCCAAUGAAGGUGCAAGCAAACAGCUGAGUCUUAACAUGGAAAAGUUGAACCUGGAACAACAAAAAGCGUGUCAGAGAGUUGAAAGGGAACAAGAUCAGCUGUGUCAGGAGAUUCUAGACAACACUGAGCAUCGUUCAGAAGCUACAGGAGCACAAAAUUCUAGACGACGAAUUCAGCGUUCAAAAACCAUGGAUAUACGGUCACUCAACGCGUCACAACGUACGCCACCUACCACCAAAGGUGUAAGCCUUGCAUUCGAUGAGGGCUUCAAUAGCAUACGUGGACCAACACCCUUUAAGACUCCUAUAACCAAUAAUGCCACCUCAGUAAACAUGAGUUGCAAUCGCUCCGCCUCAUUAGUAAAGAUUGAUCAGAUCAAGAAGCAGACUCAAGAAGAGUCACAACCUGAUUGGCAAGUGGCUUUGGCCACCAAACGUAGAGAAAAACUUCAUCAACUUCAUAUGUUCCGUGAGUUGGGACAUUGGGGAGAUGAUGGUUGUCAAACGGCAACUGCUAUGCUCGCGGGCAAUUCGUUCAAUGUUGCACUGUCCAAUUCAAAAGCCAUCUCGAAUUCCAUAACUGAAAAUAUUGAAGAUAAAGAUAAACAUACCAAAUGA